AAUAAUUAUUUUUCAAAAAUUAAAUUAAAAAAAGUUGGACCAUGUUUGUUUCUCUUGUAAGGAGAAGAGAAAGAAACAGAGAGAGAGAGCUAUGGGUAAGAUAGUGGAGAAGAAGAGGAAGAAGAAAGGAAGACCUUCUCUUUUAGAUCUUCAAAAACGCAGCCUUAAAGAACAACAGCAAAAUCAACAAAACAACAAGAGAAAUGUUUCUGCCCCUCAAAUUACUCCUAAUUACGACUCUGCCACUGCCAAUCCUCUUCGUCGAUCCACCCGCCAGAAUCCCAAUCAUUCGUCAGGCGAUAACGAUAACGAAGACGACGAAGGGAAAGAAUUGACCGGGAAAAAGCGACGCGAGAAGAAGUUGAAGCUGGUUCUCAAAUUGCCUUUCUCGCAGAAACGAUCGCCGGUUACGUCAGAAUCCCGCGGCUCCGAUUCGAAUCUCGAGGAGAGCAACGCCGGUUCAAGUCACAAGAAGAGGAAAGUCAAUUCGAUCGGGGAUGGAUCUGGAAUUGCUGAUACCAAAAAGGAAGAGAAGUAUGUUUCUUUCUUAAACCCCACAAGCAACAGCCAAGGUAGUCAAUUGGAUUCGGGGCCCUCAUCAGCUUUACCAGACAAAAAGCUGUUACUAUUCAUCCUAGACAAGCUUCAAAAGAAGGACACACAUGGCGUGUUUUCUGAACCAGUGGACCCUAAAGAGCUACCAGACUACCAUGAAGUUAUUGAGCAUCCGAUGGAUUUCGGAACUAUUAGGCAUAAACUUUCUAGUGGUGCUUAUGCCAACUUAGAACAGUUUGAGAAAGAUGUUUUCCUCAUAUGUUCGAAUGCAAUGCAGUAUAAUGCACCCGAUACUAUAUAUUUUCGACAGGCACGAUCCAUACAAGAGCUAGCAAAAAAGAACUUUGAAAAUCUAAGGCAUGAUAGUGAUGAUAAUGAAGCAGAACCAAAGGUGAUCAGGAGAGGAAGACCUCCAACCAAAAAUUUCAGGAAGCCACUAGGCAGGCCUUCCUUGGAGCGUGCUGCAUCAGAAUUUUGCUCGGAUGCCACCCCUGCUACUGGGGCAGAGAACACCAUAUGGUCCAAUCAUGACAUGAGGAAAGGACCUCUUGCUUCUGACAAGUCUAAUUUUGCAGAUUCAUCUGGAAAAUUUUAUGGUUCUUGCAAUGAUGUUACUGGCUGGUUUACUGAAAUCAAAUCUGAUAGAAGUGAUGAAGGUUCUAUGUUAAAAGGUCAUUUGAUGAAGCACGGAAAAAGGCAAUUUUUGUUGGAUGAGAACAGACGUAACACUUAUAAUCUGUUUCAUCCAUCAGCUACUGCACAGGAGACGUCUGUGUUGACUACUUUUGAUGGAGAGAGUAAGCAGCUAUUGGCUGUGAAGCAGGUGGGGGUAUACUUAGAGCAUGCUUACACACGAAGCCUAGCUCGAUAUGCUGCAAAUGUUGGUCCUGUUGCCUGGAAAAUUGCUUCUAAAAAGAUAGAAAGGUGUUUACCAGGUGGAAUAAAUUUUGGUCCUGGAUGGGUUGGGGAAAAUGAUGUUCCAGCACGGAAACUGCUGCUACUACCUUCACUCUCGCUUCCACCAGGCCAGCAGACAUUAUCACAGCCCUGCUCUGUUCGUCAAAAUUCAUGUUCUGCUAGGUCAUCUUAUGUCCUGGGAAUCAGAGGAGAUAAACAAUCUGACAAGCCAGAAGCAGAUAAUUUGUCUGAGAAACAUGUUCCUUCAGUUCACUCUAUCUCAGGAGGCCAUUUUAUUAAGCCUAUACCUGCAUCUGGCACUUCCUCUUCAUCCCUUUUGGCUACUAAAAGAUCUCCUGAAUCCUGGAAUGAAAAGACAGAAAUCAGUGAAGGAUCUUCUGCAACUUGUUUUAACAUGAGAAACAGCAGUGCAGGAGCAGUCAGGCCAAGGCCUCCCUACCAGAUUCAUCAAGGUCCUCUAAUUCAUCCUGGCAUGAAUGGAUAUAAUGGUGCUUAUGGGUUUAAGCUCCCACCUCAGAUGGCGAAAAUAAUUGGGGCUGCCAGGCCUUCUGGGUUCAGUUUCCAGUCAUCUCAUAAUAUUGACACUGUCUCAAGGACUGCCACUAAUUUUGUCCACCCGGCAACCACAAACUCAAACUCUGAUGACCCUAAAUUUUCAGAAAAUUCAUGUACAAAGAACCCCGGCUAUCCAUUACCAAAUUCAGGAUGUGAGCCAGUGGCUGCCCCAAGAUCAGGGCUUCAUCCACGACCGUCGUGGCAAGGAUUAUCAUCACAUCAGAAACCAGACUCUAGGUUGUCACCAAAACAAAAACCGGACUCAAGGUUGUCACCACAACAGAAGCCAGACUCAAUUUCACCUGACCUAAGUAUCAAAUUUCAGUCUCCCGGGUCACCUAGUUCUAGUCGAGUUGAUUCAGCUCAACCGGAUUUGGCAUUGCAGCUCUGAGCAUAAUUGGUAUCAUUAUUUUUUCACUUUCAAUUAAGUUAAACAUAGAAUGGUGAGUUUCAGAAUUACUGCUCCUAGUAAGGUGAUCGAGCAGGUCCUGUUAACUAGGAGCGAAUGAAACCGCACUUUACUUGUAAACGAAUAGGUUAUUGAUGUAUAGAUCAGUGUAUGAUGUAGCCUUAAUUCAUUUCUAGAUGAAGAUGUGUACUCUAAAUUUAAAUUUGUUAUGAAGUUUCAUAAAAGUAGAUUUACAAUACAAUACAUUCCAGAUUGUAUAUUUCUGUAUGUAAUGUUGAGACAUUUUGAGUUUGGAUUAUCGUAUGACAGACAGAUAUCAAAAAAAAAAAAAGAUCUAACUGAUUGCAAUUGCCAGUUUACUGCAAUAUACCGAGAUAUUCGAACUUCAAACAUGUUGAGCAAAAUUGGAGUAAAAUCUUUGAAUUGCAAUUCCACUUUGCAGUAA